CAAUAUGGCGGACGAAAUCAUUUCAAAUCUCCUGGUGGUCAUUCUUGAUGCCAAUCCGGUGUGGUGGGGGAGAAUUGUUUGUGAAGGAAAUCCGUCGAAUGGACACGAACAACAACAGAUCAGUUUGACACAUUGCGUGGACAGUCUCAUGGUGUUUUGUAACGCUCAUCUAAUGAUGAAACACAACAAUUGUCUUUCUUUCAUUGUGUCACACACAAGCACAAGCAAGUUUGUGUUUCCAAAAGAAAAUGCUACCGACAGUGUCAAUGACAAUGCUCAGAAAGAUCUCCCAUCAGAUGGGAAAUAUGAAGGGUUUGCUGACGUCAAUGAUGUCAUCAUCACUGAACUGAAGAGUCUGUUAUCUACAGAAGAUUCAAAAGUGGAUGACCACAGCUCAGAGGUGCCUCCCACUCUUCUUGCUAGUGCCUUGACCAUGGCCUUAUGUUAUAUUCACAGAGCAGAGAAAGAAUGCCCAGUUGGGCAGAAACUCAAGUCUCGAAUUUUGGUUUUGAAAGCUGCACCAGAUGUAUCUACACAAUAUAUGCCAAUAAUGAAUUGCAUUUUUGCUGCUCAAAAAAGUAACACUGUGAUUGAUGCCUGUGUACUAGAUGAACACUCAGGAUUUUUGCAGCAGGCAGCUGACAUAACAGGUGGAGUGUAUCUCAAAGUACCACAGACUUUUGCUUUACUUCAAUACCUACUGUGGGUGUUUCUUCCCGAGCCGUCAGUCCGUGAACAGUUGAUUCUUCCCUCAUCAGUACACAUUGACUACAGGGCUGCGUGUUUUUGCCACAGGCGACUUGUGGACAUUGGUUUUGUUUGUUCAGUUUGUUUAUCAAGUAAGACUUAUAACACUCUCAAAGCCAUCUAUUUUGACCUAUUUCAAAUAGGCAGGAGCCUCAAAGUAAGAGUAUACCUUACCAGAGAGCUACACUGUAAGAACAAACCAAACAUACCCUGUAUCUUGAUUCUCACUCCCAGUGGACGAGAGAGUUAUUUAACAGAUAGUUAUUAUAAAAGGCCGAUUUGCUCUUUUUUUCAGUAUUAAUCAAUUACCAUUUGCUCCAAUUCUGGCCCUCUUUCCGUCACGCAACUCUUCACACUUAGGAAAGAGGGUCCCCUUUUUGUAAGUGCAGCAUUGUGUGACAGAGAGGGCCAGUACUGGACAACAUUAAUUUCUGGUUAUGAUCAAGAAUGGAAAAGUUUGGAAGUUUGGGAGAACCAAAAAUGCCAUUUGAACAUGAGCUGCAAACAUUAGUGUUUUCAUACACUAGUUUUUCUGAGUUUUGGGUCUCUCAUACAGGUUUAUUUCUAAUACAACUUUAAAUUAGUUUUCACACUAUUCCGAACUGUAAUUUGUGAAAUCUUCUGCAACCGAAAUGUGGUUUGUUUUUCUUUUGCUGUUUUUUGCAGUUUAUUGCCAGUUCAUUCCACUCUGUCUCACCUGCCAGUAAGUUUGUGUUGACUUGACUGUCAAUCUUAAAACACUUAACACAAGAUUUUCUCAAUGUCAAGUUUUUGUGCUUUUGGUGAAUUGUGAAAAUUUGAUUCACAAAAAAAUAGAGACUUACUGAAUAAAAGAAAUGUUAAACAAAUCAGAACCAAUCAGAACUCAAAGAAAGGGUGGGAAAAAGUGCUGAGGGGAAGUCACGAUUGAUUUUGAUUGGUUAGGAAAUAGCAAGUUUGUUCUGAUUGGUUAGAGAGAGAUAGUACUUGCCAUGAAAAUGCAAACCAAAGAAAACACAUUUCCUAUGGCCUAGAUGGUCAACUGAAACAGCCAAAUGUUGGUCUUCGUAAGUUAACCAUUUCCCAAACUCUGUUCCAGGACAAGAUUUAAACUUCCAGCCCUCCCCAUUGUGAGACCAAAGAAGAAGAAGAAAGAAAACACAGCCCCUGGAAAAUA